GGCGGCACAGCCAGCAGCAGCACCCAUCCACCAUGGCGCUCAGCACCCGCCUCGCCUUGUCCCUCCGGCUCACCCUGGCAGCUCUGCGCCAGGCAGCCCCUCGGCAGCGCCGGGGGCUCAGCACCCCCCCGGGACUGGAGCACACACUCGACCUCAGGGGCAUCUUCCCGCCCCUUGCCACCCCCUUCUCACCCACACAGGAGGUGGACUAUGCCCGGCUGGAGGGGAACCUGUGCCGCUACGCCAGCAUCCCCUUCCGAGGGCUGGUGGUGCUGGGCUCCAACGGUGAGUACCCCUACCUGGCACCCCGCGAGCGGCUGGAGCUGGUGAGCUGCGUGCGCCGGGCUCUGCCCAAGGACCGCCUGCUGCUGGCUGGCUCGGGCUGUGAAUCCACCCAAGCCACCAUCGAGCUGACGGUCAGCAUGGCAGAGGUGGGAGCAGAUGUGGCGCUGGUCGUGACACCCUGCUACUACCGGGGAGCCAUGACCAGCGCUGCCCUGGUCCAGCACUACACGGAGGUUGCCGACGCAUCCCCCAUCCCCGUGGUGCUCUACAGCGUCCCCGCCAACACUGGCCUGGACCUGUCUCUGGAGGCUGUCCUCACCCUGGCUCAGCACCCCAACAUUGUGGGGAUCAAGGACAGCGGUGGGGAUAUUACCCGCAUGGGGCUGAUGGUCCACAAGACACGGCAGGAGGAUUUCCAGGUGCUGGCAGGAUCGGCCGGCUUCCUGCUGGCGAGCUAUGCCCUGGGUGCCUCUGGGGGGGUCUGUGCCCUCGCCAAUGUCCUGGGGGCCCCACUGUGCCAGCUGGACCGCCUGUGUCGUGAGGGCCGCUGGCAGGAGGCCCGUGACCUGCAGCUCCGGCUCAUCGAGCCCAACGUGGCGGUCACACGCCGGUUCGGGAUCCCAGGGCUGAAGAAAGCCAUGGAGUGGUUCGGCUACUACGGGGGUCCCUGCCGCGCACCCCUCGCCCCGCUGAGCCCUCCCCAGGUUGAGGAGCUGAGGGGCACCUUCAGCACCAACGGCUGGUUGUGAGGGGUCCCCCCUCGCCCCUUUCUGCACCAGGAAGGCACAGGAGCCAGGAACCCCGGGAGCUGGGGACAUGGUGGGGACACUGGGACGUGGCCAGGAAAGCCACCCAUAUCACUCCUUCCUGCUGGACAGGGCUGCCCUGUGCAGAGUGGGUAGUAGGGACAUCCAGCACCCCCUGGCCACCCUUGCAUCCCCGCCAGCCCCCGGGGUCCCGCCUGGGAAGGGAUGGAUUCCCGCACCCUGAACCAGGAAUAAACCUGCUGCCCCACUC